AAAUUAGUUGUAAAUCUGACUAUGGGUCAGUAGAGACUGCUUCAUCCUUCAUGCAACUAACAUCCAUGAGUGCCAGAAUGUUGCGACAAAAAUAAACCGGAAUUCAAAACAAACAUUAUUUGUGGUUUCUCCGUCGUGGCACGGCAAGGUGGGACUCCUGUGGCUUUCCCAGGCUCCAAUGCGGAGCUAGCGUUUUUGCAGUUCACAUGGUCGGCUGACCACAUCGUACCACAUCUAGCGGAGAAAAAAGCAAAAAGUGCUCCACCAUGAACAAUCCAAAUGAGCAACCAGAGCUUGUUGAUGUCAGCAUUGUCAAGCUUGAGACAGUCAUUGCUGUUACAGAGCCACCAUCAAGUUUAGGUAUGGAACUGAAUAUCGCAGCUAUCGCACAAGAUAUGCAGUGGGAAGAAGAAGCAAAACAAUUGGAAAGUAACAAUGAAGUAUGCCGGCCCGAUGAAUUAACCCAAGAGCGCACUGUACCACAUUCUGACCCUGGUAAUGGGGAAAAUGCCACUAAAGGAUAUUGUCCUUACUGUGGAAAGAGCUACCAAAAGAAUUACCUCAAGGUCCACAUACAUGUUGUUCAUCAUGGCAAGAAAUAUUUUAAGUGUGAAGAGUGUGGAAAAACCUUUGGUUAUCUCCAUACUUUAAAUAGUCAUAUGAAGAAUAUGCAUCAAAGAGUAAGGCCUCACACCUGUGACAUCUGUGGAGCAUAUUUCAGAACCAGUAAUGCUCUCAGGUGUCACGGGAAAAUCGUCCAUGAAGGAGUAAGGCCCUAUAAGUGUGAACAGUGUAGCGGCACCUUUAAGGAUAAUUACAACCUACGGCAUCAUAUUCAGUCUGUACAUUUGGGAGAACGACCAUAUAAAUGUAAUUUAUGUGGUAAAUGCUUUUCCAUGUCACACACGCUGAAACGACAUCAGGCAACAUUGCAUUUUGGUGAAGAAAAAGGUUUUGAGUGUAUACAAUGUGGUCAUCGUUUUAGAAGGUCUUCCGAUCUAGUUCGUCAUGUCAGCAGUGUGCACUCCAAAAUUAAACCACACAAAUGCCAGGAGUGCAGUAAAGCAUUUUCCAGGAAGUCUCACUUGAGAAAUCAUAUACUCUCAAUGCAUACUCUUGAUCAGUUUGAAUGCGAGCAAUGUCAGAAGUUCUUUGAUUCCUACAACCAGCUACACAACCAUCAAAAGACAAUUCAUGGUGGUAAAAAUCCAUUUAAAUGUGGACAUUGUGGAAAGUGCCUGUACAAUGAAAGCUAUCUUAAGGAGCAUAUCAGGGGGGUGCACAAAGGGCAAAGACCAUACAAAUGCGGAGAAUGUGGAAAAUGCUUUCUUUCUAUCAGCCAUCUCUCUGACCAUGUGAGGACUGUUCACGAGAAGCGGAGAAGACAUCAAUGCAAAAUAUGUAGUACAGAUUUUUUGAAAAAGUGUCGACUUCUAGAACACAUUAAAAGGUUGCAUAAUAUUGAUCUAUUUCGCCCAAAUCUCAAGCGUGAUAAGCCCUUUCAGUGUUGUCAAUGUGGCAAGCGGUUCAGUGACAGCAAACUUCUUGAAUCGCAUGAGUGGAAGGAACAUAGGGCUUUGAAAAAAACUGGUGUAAAACAACGGGGUGUUAAACAAACAGGUACUCAACAGGCAAGUCAAAACAAAAGAAGUGUGAACGAAGCAACUGUGAAAGUUAAGCUUGGAAAUUGUAGCAAAUAUGUUUGCAGCAAAUGUGGUAAAUGUUACACUUAUUUUGCCUCGUUUAAGCGACAUCAAGCUAGCAUGCACAAAAAACCUCUACAUAAAGAAGUAAUGCACAAUGAACCAGAACACAAUAAACCAUUAAAACAAGAACCGCUGCACCAAAAACCACAGCUUGUUAUUGUAAAGCAAGAACCUGUAGAUCUUGAGACAGCCUAAUAUACGCAAUGGUGGUGGAUUUGAAGUAAUAUAUUUUUGUGUGAUGGCCUUAUCAAUCAGCCUUGAGAUGAAAUUCGUAUGGUAUGGAGAAGUUAUGUUAUCACUUAAAGCCGCAUUGUCACCAGUUUACUUCCGGUCGAUUACGUAGCAAUCUCCGAUGAUUUUUAACGG